AUGAAAGCUCCUAUUCCCAACUUGAUUCUCUUGUAUGCUACUCUGACUCAGAGCUUGAAGGUUGUAACCAAAAGGGGAUCAGCUGAUGGAUGCACUGACUGGUCUGUGGAUUACAAGAAAUAUCAAGUUCUAGUGGGAGAACCUGUUCGUAUAAAAUGUGCACUCUUUUAUGGAUAUAUUAGAGCUAAUUACUCCUUAGCCCAAAGUGCUGGACUUAGUUUGAUGUGGUACAAAAGCUCGGGACCUGGAGAUUUUGAGGAACCUAUAGCUUUUGAUGGAACCAGAAUGAGCAAAGAAGAAGACUCCAUUUGGUUCAGACCAACAGUGGUACAAGACAGCGGGCUCUAUGCAUGUGUUAUAAGAAACUCAACUUACUGUAUGAAAGUGUCCAUUUCGCUGACGGUGGGUGAAAACGACACCGGACUCUGCUACAAUUCAAAGAUGAAAUAUUUUGAAAAAGCUGAACUUAGCAAAAGCAAGGAAAUCUCAUGUCCUGAAAUUGAGGAUUUUUUAUUUCCAUUUAGGGAGCCUGAAAUUCUGUGGUAUAAGGAAUGCAAGUCAAAGACAUGGAGAUCAAGCAUUGUGUUUAAAAAGGACACUCUUGUCAUUCGGGAAGUUAGAGAGGAUGACAUUGGAAAUUACACUUGUGAGCUAAAAUAUGGAUUCUUUGUUGUCAGAAGAACUACGGAAUUGACAGUCACAGCACCACUAACAGAUAAACCACCAAAGCUUUUACACCCCCUGGAGAGUAAGCUAACAGUUCAGGAGACCCAGUUAGGUGGUUCUGCUAAUCUAACCUGCAGAGCUUUCUUUGGAUACAGUGGAGAUGUCAGUCCUUUAAUCUACUGGAUGAAAGGGGAGAAGUUCAUAGAAGAUUUGGAUGAUAAUCGAGUCUGGGAGAGUGACAUUAGGGUUCUCAAAGAACAUCUUGGGGAACAGGAGGUUUCCAUCUCAUUGAUUCUUGACUCAGUUGAAGAGGCAGACCUAGGAAAUUAUUCCUGCUACGUCGAGAAUGGGAACGGACGCCGGCAUGCCAGUAUUCUUCUACACAAAAGGGAGCUGAUGUACACAGUUGAGCUUGCUGGUGGGCUUGGUGCUAUUCUGCUGCUGCUUGUUUGUUUAGUGACUAUCUACAAGUGUUACAAGAUAGAGAUUAUGCUCUUCUACAGAAAUCAUUUUGGAGCUGAAGAACUAGAUGGAGACAACAAAGACUAUGAUGCAUAUCUAUCUUAUACCAAAGUGGAUCCUGACCAGUGGAAUCAAGAAACUGGAGAAGAAGAAAGAUUUGCUCUUGAGAUUCUACCAGAUAUGCUGGAAAAACAUUAUGGAUACAAGUUGUUCAUACCAGACAGAGAUUUGAUUCCCACAGGAACCUACAUUGAAGACGUGGCAAGAUGUGUAGACCAAAGCAAGCGACUGAUCAUCGUCAUGACUCCAAGUUAUGUGGUAAGAAGAGGUUGGAGCAUCUUUGAACUGGAAACAAGGCUUCGAAAUAUGUUAGUCACGGGAGAAAUCAAAGUGAUACUGAUUGAAUGCAGUGAACUACGAGGAGUUAUGAACUACCAGGAGGUUGAGGCCCUAAAACAUACCAUCAAGCUCCUCACUGUCAUUAAAUGGCACGGACCAAAAUGCAACAAGUUGAAUUCCAAGUUCUGGAAACGUUUACAGUACGAAAUGCCUUUUAAGAGGAUUGAACCCAUGACAAACGAGCAGGUUUUAGAUGUCAGUGAGCAGGGGCCCUUCGGGGAACUGCAGACAGUCUCUGCAAUUUCCAUGGCUGCUGCCACCUCCACUGCUCUUGCCACUGCCCAUCCAGACCUGCGCUCCACCUUUCAUAACACAUAUCAUUCACAGAUGCGCCAGAAACACUAUUACCGGAGCUAUGAGUACGAUGUACCUCCUGCUGGCACCCUGCCACUUACCUCAAUAGGUAACCAGCACACCUACUGCAACAUCCCCAUGACACUUAUAAACGGGCAGCGGCCGCAGACAAAAACUAACAGGGAGCAGAACCCCGAAGAGGCUCACACAAACAGUGCCAUACUGCCCCUCCUGCCACGGGAGACCAGUAUAUCCAGUGUCAUUUGGUGA